GAACAUAUAAAGUCAGUUUAGCUUGAAACAUGAUACGCAACAUCGCAAGGCUAUCCUUUUUUUUAUACGUUUUAAUUAUCGCGAAUAAAUCGGACUGUUACAAAAUUUUGUCCGUUGUCCCAACGCCGUCUUAUAGCCAUCAGAUUCCGUAUAGACGAUUAUGGCUCGAAUUACACGCACGUGGCCACGAGAUUGUAGUGAUCACUACGAAUCCUAUACCGGAUAUCAGUUUACCGAAUUUCACUCAGAUCGAUAUCAGUCAUUCGUACAGUUGUUUAAAGGAACUCGAUUUCAUCGAGAAUCGUUUCGAACACGUUAGCUGGUUGAGGAUCUUAGAGAAUUACAUUAUAUCUUUGUACACGUGUUUCUUAACCGAGGUGUUCAAUUCAUCUGAAGUGAAAAAAUUGUAUGUCCCGGAUAAUCCUGUAAAAUUCGAUGUUUUGUUGGCGGAAUUUUUCUACGGACCAGCCAUGUGCGCUUUUGCCCACAGAUUUAAUGUUCCAUUAAUAGGAUUAAGUUCAUUGGGAAUGAUUGCCUUGAAUGAAUUUAUUCUUGGAGGGCUCGUUCUACCUUCUCAUGAAUACACAUGGGAAAUGGAAGCGAACACGGGCACAAAUUUGCCAUUUUUCAAGAGAUUGAAUAAUUUCGUGACUAUGUGGAAUUUCCUGUACCAUAUUAAUUUCGAUGUAUUUUUCUUCCAACAAAAACUGGCAGAGAAAUAUCUUGGACCACUACCACCAUUGAUGGAUAUUAUGAAAAACACUAGUUUAAUUUUUACCAAUCAGAUAGACAUUUUAUCACCUGCACGGCCGAAACUUCCGAAUAUAAUCUCAUUCAAUUCUUUCCACGUGUCUAACAAUCCGUCACCUUUAUCGAAGGAUUUGGAAGAAUUUCUAGACGAUGCGAAAGAAGGGUUUAUUUAUUUCAGUCUCGGUACAAACGCAAGAAGUUCAUGUUUGCCAAAAGAAAUUAUACGCAUGUUUUGCGAUAUUUUCGCAAAAUUGCCAUAUAAAAUCGUGUGGAAAUACGAGCAAGAUUUACCCGAGAAAUCCGGGAAUAUUUACAUUAAAGAUUGGUUUCCUCAACAGAGUAUUCUUGCUCAUCCAAAGAUUAAAUUGUUCAUUUAUCAAGGAGGUCAACAAAGUACCGAAGAAGCGAUUAAUUUCGGAGUGCCAAUUAUCGCUUUCCCAAUAUUAGGAGAUCAAGAUUAUUUAGUAAGAAGAAUUGAAGCUCUUGGAAUGGGAAAAUAUUUGGAUAUUAGGACAAUUGUUCCAGAUCAAUUCGAAAAUACUAUUAAAGAAGUUAUAACCAAUAAAGAAUAUAAAGAAAGAGUGCUCGAUAUUCGAACUCAAAUUAGAGAGACAUCUCAGGAUGUGAAAAAAAUUGCUUGGUGGACGGAAUAUGUGAUACGAACAAAAGGUGCUUUACAUCUUCGUUCUACACUAGCCUGGGAACCUUGGUAUCAACGUUAUGACACGGAUAUUAUAAUAUUUUUGACAAUUGUGAUAUUCGUGAACUUUUUAAUUGUUAUCAGUAUUAUUGUCAAUAUUCUAAUGUAUUUUUAUAAAAAGAUGGACACUUCUACUCAUCGAAAAAGCAAGAUACAUUAAAAUCAAUAUGAUUU